UCGGCGGCUGUAGAUUGUCCGGGCUGCCGUAAAUGGUUCAACAAUACGCGAAAUGAGCGCACGCUGGCGUAGCGAAGCGCUUUACUUAGCGUUCGCGAUCGCUGUGCUGCCACAUGCCAGUCCAGUCGAAGGCUCCGGCGGGGGUGGCAUGUUUGGAGAUGUUAAUAUAUCAGCUAUUUUAGACUCUUUUAGUAUAAGUUAUGAUAAAAGAGUUAGGCCGAAUUAUGGUGGACCACCCGUGGAAGUGGGGGUUACCAUGUACGUGCUCUCCAUCAGCUCUCUGUCUGAAGUGAAAAUGGAUUUUACAUUGGACUUUUAUUUUCGACAAUUUUGGACGGAUCCGCGUCUAGCAUAUAAGAAAAGAGCCGGGGUUGAGACUCUAUCAGUAGGCUCCGAAUUUAUUAAGAAUAUAUGGGUGCCCGAUACAUUUUUUGUUAAUGAAAAGCAAUCUUAUUUUCACAUAGCCACUACUAGUAACGAAUUUAUAAGGAUACAUUAUUCAGGAUCGAUUACAAGAAGUAUAAGAUUAACCAUUACAGCAUCUUGCCCUAUGAAUCUUCAAUAUUUCCCAAUGGACCGUCAAUUAUGUCACAUUGAGAUAGAGAGUUUCGGCUACACCAUGCGAGACAUCCGUUACAAAUGGAACGAGGGGCCCAAUUCUGUGGGCGUUUCCAGUGAGGUGUCCCUGCCGCAAUUCAAGGUGCUUGGCCAUCGACAACGAGCUAUGGAGAUCUCGCUUACAACAGGAAACUACUCAAGAUUGGCUUGUGAAAUCCAAUUUGUACGUUCAAUGGGAUACUAUUUAAUUCAAAUUUACAUUCCAUCUGGUCUAAUUGUUAUCAUAUCAUGGGUAUCAUUUUGGUUAAAUCGUAACGCGACCCCUGCUCGCGUGGCGCUAGGUGUCACCACGGUUUUGACGAUGACCACACUCAUGUCCUCAACGAACGCUGCUCUGCCUAAGAUCUCAUACGUCAAGUCCAUCGACGUGUACCUGGGCACUUGUUUCGUUAUGGUCUUCGCGAGUUUAUUAGAAUAUGCUACGGUUGGAUAUAUGGCAAAAAGGAUACAAAUGAGAAAACAGAGAUUUAUGACGAUUCAAAAGAUUGCGUCAGAGAAGAAAAUGCCAGUUGACUGUCCACCAGAUACCCACACGCUUUCGAAAAUGAAUACGAUUGGAAGAUGUAACCCCGGUCGUCCAUCAGAAGUUCGAUUCAAAGUGCAUGAUCCCAAAGUACAUUCGAAGGGCGGAAUAUUGGAGAACACCAUAAAUGGCGGAAGAAAUACGGAAGAAGAAAAUCCGCCGGCCCCUCAGCUUUUACCACCUGGAAAGGACAUCAGCAAGUUACUCGGAAUGACUCCGUCGGACAUCGACAAAUAUUCGCGUAUCGUUUUCCCUGUAUGCUUUGUCUGCUUCAAUCUAAUGUACUGGAUUAUAUAUCUCCACGUUUCCGAUGUCGUAGCUGACGAUCUGGUACUUCUGGAAGAGGAUAAAUAGAAGGGUCUAAGCUAUCACCACUUAUUUUUCCACUCGCACACAUUAAAUAAUAAUUUGAAAUGCGGUAUCAUUUCAAUGAUAAAAACUUCUAGAAGUUAACGCUCGUAGCAUAGAUGCUAGAAUAUCGCUUUAGAUUAAUUGUAUAUAAAUCGAUCUUCAAUCUACACGACAUUAACGAAUUGUAUUAAAUAGUGGAUAGGAUUUUGUAAGUAUUCCUUCGGGAGCUAGAAAUGACUGAAUCUGUUCUAAUAGGAUUGAAAUGGUUGUAACGUUGAAAGAGCCUUUUUAUUAUCUUUCAAAUUAUUAUUUCGUGGCAAAAUGAGUGGAAUAUCAAUUACGAUUUAGUAAUUUAUUCUAAUGCUCAAAUUAGCUUUAUCUGUUAGUUUUCUUAUGUAAUACAUUUGUUUUUGGACCAUGUGAUAAAUAAAAAUUUAACUGUAGUUGCAUAUAUCAUAAAAUAGUUAAUUAUAGUAUCUCAUGGCUUUAUUGUAUAUUUAUAGUUUAUUUUAAGUACCAGCUUUAAAAUGCAUGAAUUUUUAGUUCUAAGUUGGAUAAUGUAGUAAUAAUUAUGUAUCAUUUAUAACUGUUAGAGUGAAAACUUGAUUUGCAGUAUUGUUCAUUUUAUUGACAUUUCAUAUAUGUGAUCGAAACUGCAUGAUUCUUGGCAUGAUAUAUGACUCGAAAUGGAAUUAAAUUAACCAAAUAUACCAAUCAUCAAUCAAUCUAGGUAUGACAGCAUUUUAAAUAAAAUCGUUGUAUCCUUAUUUGGCAUUGCUGCUUUCACAAAUACAUCGAAACGUGUGUUAAUACAAGCAAUUUAAGAACAGUCAAAAAUAGUUAAUCAUUACAUGUAACUAAUGCAAACGCAUCUCAAUAAAUUGGGCUUAUUGUUUAUUUAUAAAUGCAGGACAUAGUAUACAUAAUGUAUUCUUGUAGUUAGUGCUAGAAAAUAAAAGGCGAUGUAG